AUGACGAAAUGUAGUCCAGGUGCUCGAUUCUCUGCCUCUGGGAUCGCAACCCAUCUCCCAACGCAAAACCCAGAUGCCCCACUUAUGCUUGACAGGAUGAUGCGGUUCCUUGCUAGCCAAAACUACCUCUCAUGCACUCUUAUCACCGGUGAAGACGGAAAUGAUGACCAUAAGAGAUUAUUACCUCCAAAGACGAGAUUCAAUGAGGUUUUUAAUGAAGCAAUGUGCAGCCACACUUGUAUAGUCAUGAGAAAAGUUGUUGACAAGUACAAGGGAUUUGAGGGCGUAAAAGAAAUUGUUGAUGUAGGUGGUGGACUUGGUGCAUCGCUAAGUUGUAUUGUUUCCAAGUACCCUAAUAUUAAGGGUAUCAACUUUGAUUUACCUCAUGUUAUAGAACAUGCACCAGCAUCUCCAGGUGUGGAGCAUGUUGCAGGAGACAUGUUUGAAAGCGUCCCAAAAGGAGAGGUUAUCUUCUUGAAGGGUGAUACCUUAUAUCUUGCAUCAGAACGAGUUUUAGUAAUAUCCAUCCCCAAAUUGCAAACCCUUUCAGAUCUGGCAGUGAAAAAAGACUAUGUACUGGGUUAUCCUCCUUACUCGAGNAUACCUUAUAUCUUGCAUCAGAACGAGUUUUAG